AUGAAGGUGAAGGAGGAGUUGCUUGACCGCAAAGACCAUGGAAUGGAUGUUCACACGCUCAUCACGGGGUCCUCCGAAAAGAUUACACUGGCCGUAGGAGAAAAAGCCAAGCCCAUUUCUUGCCACAAAGCGCUCCUAGGGUUCUUUUCAAAGUUCUUUGAGUCAGCACUAUAUGGUAGUUUUGCAGAGGCAUCGCAGACUGAAAUGCGACUCCCCGAGGAUGAUCCAGAGUUAAUGAGCGAAUUUGUUGCUUGGCUGUAUAGUGGGCAGUCGCCAUCCCAGAUCGAUCUCGAAGAAGAAGAAUAUUGCGAGCAGGAACCUGAACCAGCGGCAGAUUGUAUUUUGGUACGAGAAGAUAUCGAGCGAGAAAUGCGAAUGUUAUCGUUGUGGAUUCUUGCCGACAAGCUCGGUUCUCCAAGGUUGGCUAACAACACCAUGAGGUGUAUUUUACAUAUGUACCAAGAAUCUUUCUCCACAUCAUUUGAGGCGGAGCUUGUUUUCAAUAACACAGCGCCCGGGUCAAAGUUAAGGCUGUUGUUUCGGGAUAUCAUUGCAGCUGAUGGACCAUUGUUGUUGGGUAGGCGAGGUAGUGGUAAGGAACACCAGGAUAAGAGUGAAAGCGAAAGAUGGUUGCUUCUAUUAGCAAAAGGUGGAGACUUGGUAAAAGAUUGUGUUAUGACGGGCUUUACAACUCCUAUCAAAGAUUAUGAAGAGCAGCCUUUUUGCACCCACAAUCGUGGAAAGUACAUAGAGAAGAUUGAGUCAAAGCCCAGUGCCAAAGACUGGCUCAAGCAAAAACAUCCACCAGAGGUUGCAGAUGAGCCCUGGACAGAGAUAACCACGAAGAAGUGA